CUACUUUUCCCCCUUUUUUGAAUCUAUCUCUCUCUCUCUUCCCUGAAUCUUUCGAAUAUGGAUUUUGGUGAUUUACCUUCACUGGUUUCUCUUUCAAUUGAGACUCAGAGGAUCUAUUACAGUGGGCUCAAGAUGUAUUUGGUGGAGAGUAAGGCUGGUGCUAUAUUCUGCAUGUUGCUUUCUCUCUUCUUCCUAGGCACUUGGCCUGCUUGUAUGACAGUCUUAGAGAGAAGGGGUCGGCUUCCUCAGCAUACUUACUUGGAUUACUCCAUUACAAAUUUCUUAGCUGCUGUCAUCAUUGCUUUCACCUUUGGUCAGAUUGGUCCCAGCAAACCAGGCAUGCCAAAUUUCAUAACUCAGCUUUCUCAGGACAACUGGCCCUCUAUACUGUUCGCAAUGGCAGGUGGGAUAGUUAUCAGCCUUGGGAACCUUUCUAUGCAGUAUGCUUGGGCUUUUGUUGGUCUGUCAGUGACAGCGGUAAUCGCUUCAAGUAUAACUGUUGUAAUAGGCACAACAUUAAAUUACUUCUUAGACAAUCGAAUCAAUAAUGCUGCAAUUCUUUUUCCGGGGGUUGGAUGCUUCCUCAUUGCAGUUCUCUUGGGAUCGAGAGUUCACUCCUCCAAUGCAUCCGACAAUAAAGCAAAACUUAUAAAACUUUCAGAAAGUCAGAAGGAUGGAACAAGGGCCAUAGAAGUUUCAGAGUCGCAAGAAUCUGUCCAGAAAAUAGGGGACUUGGAGGAUGGAAGUGUUCAUGUAGAUAAAGCAAAAGCUGGGACUGCAAGGUUCCUCAUAGAUCUUGAAAACAAAAGAUCAAUCAAGGUUUUUGGAAAGAGUACUGUGAUUGGUUUGGGGCUAACUACCUUUUCUGGAGUUUGCUUCUCCCUCUUCUCACCAGCAUUCAAUUUGGCGACGAAUGACCAGUGGCAUACAUUGAAAGCAGGGGUUCCUCAUUUGGUUGUAUACACUGCAUUUUUUUACUUCUCAAUCUCUUCUUUCGUCCUUGGCAUCAUUCUAAAUAUCAGCUUCCUCUACUACCCGGUACUCAAUUUACCCAGAACGUCGUUUAAGGCUUAUCUAAAUGAUUGGAAUGGUAGAAACUGGGCGCUCUUGGCUGGACUUUUAUGUGGGUUUGGGAAUGGUUUACAAUUCAUGGGAGGUCAAGCUGCAGGAUACGCCGCCGCUGAUGCUGUGCAGGCACUUCCUCUUGUGAGCACUUUUUGGGGUAUACUUUUGUUUGGAGAAUAUCGGAGGUCAUCCAAGAAAACAUACAUAUUGCUGGUGAGCAUGCUAUUCAUGUUUAUUGUGGCUGUAGGUGUGCUCCUGGCAUCAUCUGGGCAUCGGACAAAUUGAAAGUGUGAGACCCAGAAUCCUAGUCCUAGUCCAUGUCAAUGUAUAGAAAUCAUACAUCCUAGAAAUACAAAGUGCGUGCUGCAGCAAUCGCUGCUUCACUUAUAGAAAAUAAAAUGUUCAUGAAGGUUUACAGAAGGAAAGCUGUAAUGUCAAAUCCGAUUAAUGUUCCAUCCAAAGCAUAAAUGUAUUUACACUACAUUAAAUGAAUUAAAUACCAGAUGUUUUUAUUCA